UUGUUUUUUCAUCUUUUUUUACUUCCAUCAGAUCACCAGCCUUCCUUCUUCUUUUUCGGUUUUGAAAUGAGGAACAAAAAGGGUUACCACAUCAUUCGGUCAAUAGCUAAUGAAGAACGGUUCAGCAAUUACUAUUGCUAUUACCUCUUCUGGGUUGCUGUCGGUUACUAUCUGUGGAAAAAAAUACUCAGCAUAACGGGGUACAGAUUCCACCCCACGGAUUUCGAGCUCCUCCAUUUCUAUCUUCACAACAAAAACCUCGGCCGUGAUUCUCUUGUCCAAGCUAUCGCUGAAGUUGAAGAUAUUUGCGGGUUAGAGCCGUGGCAAUUACCUGGACAUUCGAAUAUACACUCCGGCGAUCAGGUGUGGUAUUUCUUUUACAGGCCGAGUUUUAAGUACCAAAACAGUUCGAGAAUCAAUAGAACAACCAGCGAAGGUUACUGGAAACCGACGGGCAAACCUCGCAAAAUUAUGGCUAGGGACAUGGAGACCGAGAUUGGCAAGAAAAGGACGUUGGUUUUCUAUAAGGGGCGUGUUAGUGAUCAUGAAAAAAUCAAGACCGGUUGGAUCAUGCAUGAAUAUGAGCUCACUGCUACUGAUCUUCCUAACCAGACAACUUUUGUUCUCUGUAAAUUGAAGAGGAAAUUCGGGAAGGAUGAGGUUUCAUGCAUUGAAGAAUGUCAGUCGAGUCAUUAUUUGCCUCCUAACUUGGGGAAUUAUAUUGAAAAUAAUGCAAAUGAGGCAAAGGCUGCUAGAUGCCUCACGGACAGAGAAGACCCUAACAAGAUGUUAGAACAGGUGGAAGUUCUUGAUGAUCAUCAAGGGCUUGAACAUCAAUCUAUGGAGUUGUGGAAUUCAUAUCUUGUCAGCGGUUGUCCUAAUACCGGCUCUUUGCCUUUUGAUUUCAGAAACCUAGAUGCAGAAUAUGCAAUUCCAAUUCACCCAUCGGUUAACGAGAUACCAAUCGAACAAGAGGAACCUCAAAAUCAAUCUAGCACCAAUGAACAAGGCAGAAACUUAGGGAACGUAGUGCCUUCUAAUGAAAGAAGCAAUCAAUAUGAUAGAUCUACCAUGCCAUCUAAUUCCAGAACUGAUACUGCUGAAGAUUCAGUUCAGAUAGAUUUAUCAAAUUCGGUUGGACCAUCAAUGGAUGAAAUCUUCGGAAAACUAGAAGCACUUCCAGAAGUAAAUGGAUUUGUCCAGGGAAACAGUUGUGGCCAAAUGUUUGAUGAUUGGCCUUUAGAUUACAGGAUGUCCGAAGAUGGAAACACAUGGGAUGCUUUCGACAAUCAAACUAGCAUUAACGAAGAGCAAAAUCUAACAGGUAUAGAUAGUGAGCGUAGUUUGUGUUGUGCAGGCAUAUUGGAUUCACCUCAUGCAGUAAAUAUGUCCAGGAAAAGAUUACGCACUGAUUAUGAAGAUUUGGUUUGGACAUGAAUUCCCAGUAACACAGAAAGAACCCUCUCCCCCUCCCUUGUAAUAUUGGGGGUCUUUAGGAGGAGUUAAAGAAGAUUGUUAUUUGGAUUUCAACUAGUUUGUAAUUUCUGCUUGUGUAUGCUAUAACUUGUGUGCAUCUGAAUAUAUGUAAUUUGAUGUAGAUUCCAUAACGUCCUUGAUACGGGAUUUCAGAAUUAGAAUAUAUGUAAUUUGAAGU